ACUCUUCUCAACUCCCACCAGCCAUUGACUGCCGGAAUCCUUCCACGACGAAGAAGAAGACCGAUUAGUAUAAUUUCAGUCUAUGCCCUUCCCCUCUUUCUUCCAGCGACCUCACCGACUGACGACAACCGCGCCUCAACAAAAUCUUGGCCGCCUCUUGAAAGACCUGGACAGUCAACAUGGCCGAAUUUUUCUCGAAGCAGAACGUCAAUGGGAUCAUUAUUCCCUCUGGUCUAUUGGUUGUUGGAACCCUGUUCGUAAAACAGGAAUGGGUGCCUUGGGCGUGUCUCCUUGCUGCUCUUCUGUCAGGCUGGAAGUUGUACAGCACAAGAGCCAAGCCCGUCUUAAAGCCAACUGAGUUCCAAGAUUUCGAAUUGUCAGAGAAGACCAUCAUCUCGCACAAUGUUGCCAUCUACCGAUUCAAGCUGCCCACAGAAACCUCCAUCCUAGGCCUCCCCAUCGGCCAACACAUCUCCAUAUCCGCGAACAUCAAGCAAGCUGAUGGCGCCUCGAAGGAGAUCGUACGAUCCUACACGCCCAUCUCAGGAGAUCAUCAACCCGGUUUCUUCGAUCUCCUCAUCAAGUCCUACCCUACUGGUAACAUCUCCAAAUAUAUGGCCUCGCUCGUCGUCGGGCAGACAAUCAAGGUUCGCGGUCCCAAAGGGGCUAUGGUGUACACACCAAACAUGGUUCGUGCUUUCGCCAUGAUCGCAGGAGGAACGGGCAUCACCCCCAUGCUGCAGAUCAUCCGGGCUGUCAUCCGUGGACGUCCCACUGGUGAUGUCACGAAGAUCGAUUUGAUCUUUGCAAAUGUGAACCAGGAGGAUAUUCUGCUUAAGGAGGACCUGGAUCAUUUGGCUUCCAAGGAUGAGAAUUUUAAUGUUUACUACGUGUUGAACAACCCACCCGAGAAGUGGGAUGGUGGUGUUGGAUUUGUCACACCUGAGAUGAUGACUGUAAGCUUCCCCUCGCCUUUCCUCUAGUGAAUUUAUGCUGCACAAGAUUUGGGAUGUCUAAGCUAAUUGUUUGAUAGAAAUGGCUUCCUAAGCCCGCUUCAGAUGUCAAGCUCCUUCUCUGUGGACCUCCACCAAUGAUCAGCGCCAUGAAGAAAAAUGCUGAGGGUCUAGGAUUCGCAAAGGCUCGACCAGUCGCGAAGUUGGAGGAUCAGGUGUUCGCCUUUUAGAUAUAUAAAUAUGGACAGGGCUGGAGGGCAUAUUUGAGAGGAGUUCUGCUGGACAAAUAGUUUUCAUGUUAAGGACACAGCAAUGUUGGCUCGACUGUUAGGGCUUAUAAGUAGUAUGGAUUCGAAGGUGGAAUAAAAUGGGCGUUGAUACAUACUAAAUAUAAUGAAUGCAGCAUUGAGACUUGGUGUACAAGAGCCCCCAAGUCGACACAGGCUGAUUCUCCAAAAAUACGAAAUCUACAAUGCACUA